CUUUCCCCACCUUAUCCAACUCUCUUUCAAACACAAGCAUAUGCUCUUCCAUGCAUCCCCUUCCUCUCUCCUCCACUCAGAUGCAAACAACCAACUCAUCAUAAACAAAAUACCAGAAAUCCCGGCAAACCAUUUCUUUUUUUCACUCUCUGUAUAGCCUAGAACUGAAAAGAGAAAGAGGAGAACAAAAAAACAAAAAAAAAAUCCCACAACCAAACCACCAUUUUGAUAAUCAUGGCUUGUGCAACGACAAGACCCACUUUUUCUUUCCACAUCUCGACCUCUUUUUCCCAAACUUGUUCACUUCCAAAAUCCAAACCAACCCAUUUCAGCAACCCAACUCUUCUUCCCAAAAUCCCAUCUUUUUCACUCUCACUUCCUCAGAAGGCCCUAAACAAGCCUCCCAAAUUCAUCACAAACUCCAUUGACGUCUCCAAAGAAGACAAACCCACUUCGGACCAGACCAGUUCAACUCCACCCCAGGUCGAGGAGCAGCCAGAGAAAGAGCAAGAGCAAGAGCAAGACACGUUUGAUAAGCGAAGGCUUGAAGAGAAAUUUGCCGUCUUGAACACUGGAAUAUACGAAUGCAGGUCUUGUGGUUACAAAUAUGAUGAGGCCGUGGGGGACCCAUCUUAUCCCAUACCCCCAGGAUUGCCAUUUGAAAAGUUGCCUGAGGAUUGGAGAUGCCCAACAUGUGGGGCCUCACAGAGCUUCUUUGAGAGUAAGAGUGUGGAGAUUGCUGGGUUUGCGCAGAAUCAGCAGUUUGGGCUUGGUGGGAAUGCACUCACUUCUGGGCAGAAGGCUAUACUUAUAUAUGGGACUUUGUUUUUGUUCUUUGUGCUUUUCUUGUCUGGCUACUUCCUUCAAUAGUGGUUGAGGUAUGAGAUUUUUACUGGAAGGUUGUUUGCUACAUGUGGAAUAUAUAAAAAAGAAUUCUGGUUGGAUGAGUAAUAAAUAGUAGGAUAUAGUAAAUUUAUGUUGAAACAUUUUGAUUCGGUUAAGUAGGGAAGAACUUUGGAUUUGCUUCUGUGAAAUACGGAUACAGAUAAUGUUUUUUUUCCUGAACCACUAGUUGUAAGAAUACUACAUAAGGAAUUUUC